GAAUCAACAGCUUCAGGACCAGCUUGAAAAUCUAAAAGCCUGCUUACCUUGAUAACUGUUGUGAAUUGAUCUGACGAUAUCCUUUCAUCAUGAAGACCGCUAUGAGCAUUAUUGCCUUAUUGGCGCUAGUGUGCCUCUGUAACGCUACAUCAGAUGAACUAAGAGUAAGACGUGAUGACCAUUACGCAGGAGAAGAGCACCGACUUAAGCGAUCGCAUGGUUCUUAUGGCUACGGCGGGGGCUACGGCGGGGGUUAUGGAAGUUACGGCGGCUAUGGCGGUGGCUUCGGAGGGGGCUACGGCGGAGGGCAUGGCUAUGGCGGAUAUGGUGGAGGAUACGGUGCCGGAAUUGGAUAUGGCUCAGGAUAUGGUUCUUUCGGCGGAGGAUAUGGUGGAGGAUACGGCACCGGAAUCGGAUACGGAUCAGGAUAUGGUGGAGGAUACGGCUCCGGAAUCGGAUAUGGCUCAGGAUAUGGUUCUUACGGCGGAGGAUACGGCGGUGGAUAUGGAUCGGGUUACGGUUCUUCUUAUGGCGGAGGAUACGGCGGCGGAUAUGGAUCAGGUUACGGUUCUUAUGGCGGUGGAUAUGGCGCUGGUGGAUACGGUGGUAGCUAUGGAUACGGCGGUAGCUUUGGUGGUGGCUACGGUGGCAUUGGCGGCGGCUACUAGAUGACUCAAUCUAUUGGCCUAUUCUGAACGCUGAAUACAUGUCCUAGCUAACGUUUUUUGCAAGUCUUGAAAAGUGUUAAAUCAUCAUUGGCCAUGGUUUUGAAUUUGACCGAGAAAAAUUAUGGUCAAAUCCGCAUCAUAUUUCUUGUAUAAUUAGAAAUAUUGACUUAUUGAAUGUAAAACUUGAAAUUUUUUUUUGUUAUAAAAUACACAAUUUUAAA